GGGCGCAUGCCUUAUACAGUACCGUACAUGAUGAGCCAUCCUGCAAUCUGCCUGGUCUGUCGCCUCGACCAAACAACGCGGGGGUUCAAUGUUCAUCGCCCGCCUCUUCCAUCGCCCUCUACGGAUGAUGAUUGGUAUCUCUGCCCUGCUAUCCUAUCUCCCCGCCACACACGGCAGACGACAUCCCGCGAGGUAAACACCUCCGCACAACCGCACAACCGCACAACCGCACGUAUCCGCGCAUAUCCAGUGACCAACAAGCUACGCUGGAUUGAUUCCCGUCAAUGCGCUGUACGUCCAGCUUGCCCUGCAUAUUAAUCCCCCUCCCCGGCGACCCCGUAACGCCGCAUCCAGCCGACCACCGUCGUCAUGUUGAUAGCAUGUCUGAUGGUAUUCCAUCCCGGGCUACAGGUGGUCGAAUUUACAGGCAUAUUCCUGACUCCUCGCCGCUCGGAUAUGUCUUAUAUUUUCUUCUUUUUUGUGCCAGUGGCGCUGCUGCAUGCAGCGAGGCGUGGUGGUGGCGUCGGUCGUGUCAUUGCCAACGCAGUCUACAGGGUCACACCCGGAUUGACUAGCUGGCGGUUCACUCAACGCUUGGAAUUCCGCCCUUCUUCACACUGGGCCGUAUUUGGCAAUUCCUAUGACACGAAUGCACCUCGGU